AUAUAUAAGUGCCCCUAGAGGGUCAGAAACGGGCAGAGGGAAGGACCGAGCUAGACGACAGUGAGGAAAAUUCUGGACUACUUGUUAAAUUCCUGUAGACGGAUCUGAAGAUGCCGAACUGGGGCGGGGGGGCCAAGUGCGCGGCCUGUGAGAAAACUGUGUACCAUGCUGAGGAAAUCCAGUGUAAUGGCCGGAGCUUCCACAAACCCUGCUUCAUCUGCAUGACCUGUCGUAAAGGCCUCGACAGCACAACUGUAGCAGCACACGAGUCCGAGAUCUACUGUAAAUCCUGCUACGGAAAGAAGUAUGGUCCAAAAGGCUACGGAUACGGUCAGGGCGCCGGAGCGCUGAGCUCAGAUCCAGUGGAUAAUGAACAGCUCCAGUCUCAGGAGUCUAAACCUCCUCGUUCCUCCACCAACUCUAAUCCUGGUAAAUUUGCUCAGAAGUUCGGCAGCUCUGACCGCUGCUCACGCUGCUCUAAGGCCGUGUACGCUGCCGAGAAGGUCAUGGGGGCCGGAAAGCCGUGGCAUAAGACGUGUUUCCGUUGUCUGCUGUGUGGAAAAAGCCUGGAGUCCACCACAGUGACCGACAAAGACGGUGAACUUUACUGCAAAGUGUGCUACGCGAAAAACUUUGGUCCUAAAGGGCGUGGCCUGGGCAACAUGGGCGUGGUUGAAGACGGAGAAUGACCAGCUUUGACCAGCUGACCAACAAUAAAACAAUAUUUAUUUACUCUGUCAUUAAAGAUCACAUCAGGCCUCCUACUUUAGCCUGCAGUUCAAAAACCCGCCUGUGUGAUAAGAGAACAGAUAAACUAACGCUGCUUAAAACACAUCAGUGGAGUGUUUUGACUUUGCAUCACUUGAUCCUCCAUCAGCCUGUUUAUCACCAUUCAUUCGUCUAAUACCCCUCAUUUACAUAUCCCAAACUGUGCUAAUAAUCUUUACAUGUAUGCUAAUUUAUACAGAAUAAUGCGUUUGUUCUGUCAGGUUGAGCGAACAAAGCUGUUUUUAAUGAAGCUGUUGAGCUGCAGGGGGAGGAGGAGGAGGAGGAGGAGGAGGCGUUUAGCAUUGAUGAAGAUUUCUGGAAAAGCUCAUUUAUCCUGAUUCUCUGGAAUGUGAAGCUGUUUGCAGUACAUGAGUUUGAACUGUGGAAACACAUGAAAACAUCUGCAUAAUCACAACUGUGCAUUUUGAAGUUUAAACAAACAAAAAAAAAAUCACAAAACUAAUAAAAAGGAAUCAAAGACUGCUAAUAAAGAGUUCAGUAAUUAUU